CCUUGGUCCCAGCAGCGUCCGGGGCCGAGCUGGUGAGUGGGAGGAUGCGCGGGUGUGCAGCCUCCGUCCCGGGAAGGCACGGCCGGGAGCAGUGAGGAGCGGCAGCUUCCAAAUGCUGCUUCGAAAGUUUCCCCACUUUGUUUAAAAUAUAUUUCCUCAAGUUCUGGAGUUCUGGAUGUGCGGUCAGUGCUUCUGGAUCCCUCCUCUUCUGUCUUUUGCUCCUCUAGAAGACUGUAGAGGCAUGCACUCCAGACUGCUCAACUGGCUGCCUCCCAAGGAGGCACUCCUUAACUUAAGAGAGAAGUCAGUUUUUCAGAGUUGUUAAGGUCACAUCAGCCUCUAGGAACCCCCGGGUUCUGGUGCUGCAGGGACACACCGAAGUUCUGGGGGCGGGAGAUUGUGGUCAGAGGAGACCGCAUACCUGUGAAGCCUCUCGGCAGAGAUUCUGGCACUUUCGUCACCAGAAGUGGACACGCCCGGUUGGGUGGGCAUCGUCAUGCUACAGCAGCUCCUGAUCACCCUGCCCACGGAGGCCAGCACCUGGGUGAAGUUGCGCCAUCCAAAGAAGGCCAAGGAGGGGGCACCCCUGUGGGAGGAUGUAACGAAGAUGUUUGAAGGAGGAGCUCUGCUCUCUCAGGAUGCUGAGGAGACCCAGGAAGAAAGUUUGAAGGCUGAAGUCACCUCUGGGCCUCCAGCAGCAGAAUCCCAGGAACUGCUGACUUUCAAGGACAUAUCUGUGGACUUUACCCAGGAGGAGUGGGGACAACUGCCCCUUGCUCACCGGAAUCUAUACCGGGAGGUGAUGCUGGAGAACUAUGGGAACCUGCUGUCAGUGGCAGGAUAUCAACUUUCUAAACCUAGUGUGAUAUCCCAGUUGGAGAAAGGACAAGAGCCAUGGAUGACAGAGAAAGAAGGCCCAGGAGAUCCCAGUUCAGACUUGAAGAAUAAAACAGAAACCAGUACAUCAGCUUCAAAGAAUGAGAUUUUACAGGAACACUUAUAUCAUGGCAUUAUGAUGGAAGGGUUCCUGAGAGAUGAUGUCAUUUAUUCCACAUUGAGAAAAGUCUCUAAAUAUGAUGGCGAGUUAGAAGAGCACCAGGAAUCCCAUGGAAGAGAUAUAAGACACGCCAUCCUGACCCACAAGAAGAGUGACCAGGAAACUAACAAAUUCGGGGAAAAUAUUGUCAGUUCAAAUGUUACGAUAGAACAGAGGCACCGUAAAUGUGAUACACCUAGAAAGAGGAAUAAAUACAAAUUAGACUUGAUAAAUCAUCCGAGUUACAUAAGAACAAAAACCUAUGAAUGUAAUAUAUGUGAAAAAAACUUCAAACAACCCAUUCAUCUUACUGAACACAUGAGAAUUCAUACUGGUGAAAAACCUUUCAGAUGUAAGGAAUGUGGAAGAGCGUUUAGCCAAAGUGCAUCCCUUACUACACACCAGAGGAUCCAUACUGGCGAGAAACCCUUUGAAUGUGAAGAAUGCGGCAAAGCCUUUAGGCAUCGCUCAUCUCUUAAUCAGCAUCAUAGAACUCACACUGGAGAGAAACCCUAUGUAUGUGAUAAAUGUCAGAAAGCUUUCAGCCAGAACAUUAGCUUGAUCCAGCAUUUGAGAACUCAUUCUGGAGAGAAACCCUUUACGUGCAAUGAAUGUGGGAAAACCUUCCGACAGAUUAGACACCUUAGUGAACAUAUAAGAAUUCACACUGGGGAGAAGCCCUAUGCAUGCACUGCGUGUUGUAAAACCUUUAGUCAUAGAGCGUAUCUAACGCAUCACCAGAGAAUCCAUACUGGGGAGAGACCCUACAAAUGUAAGGAAUGUGGGAAAGCCUUUAGACAGAGGAUACACCUUAGCAACCAUAAAACUGUUCAUACAGGAGUGAAAGCGUAUGAAUGCAACCGCUGUGGAAAAGCCUACAGGCAUGAUUCAUCCUUUAAGAAACAUCAGAGACACCAUACUGGAGAAAAGCCUUAUGAAUGUAAUGAAUGUGGAAAAGCCUUCAGCUAUAAUUCAUCACUUAGUCGACAUCAUGAAAUACACAGGAGGAAUGCCUUUCGAAAUAAUGUGUAAAAAUAGAUUAUUCAACAUGAGAACAAAAGCUAACUCUAAAUCAGUGCUUUUAAAUUCCAGGAUUCCAAAUUUGAGGAAUUGAUAUAGUGAUACCAGCCUUUAAUAUUGCCUGUUGUGUAAAUAGUACAUUGAUAACUAUUAUCUACUAACACCUCCAUACAAAGUACUUAAGAAUAAAGGAUUAAAUUAAAUUCAGGAUUGUGAUGCACACAUAAUUGUUACCUGAUUUCAUGGAGGGUGAAUUAUUCUCCAUGGGCAUUCUCUGAUUUAUAGACUAACAUUUGGGAAGUACCGUUGAAAAAAAUCACCCCUGUUUUUUAAGUAACUUACUUUUUUUAAAUGAGGAGACUUACAAAUCUGAUAAAAUUCAAAUGGCAUAGACAGUUGUAUAAGUGAAAAUCUUUUUCCUACAUCCACCACCAAAUUCUACCUUAGAGGCAACCAUUUUUAUAACUUUUUAUGCACCCUUCAAGAGAUCUUUUUUAUUUGUAUCCAAGAGAAUGUGCAGAGUUCUUUUUAAGCAUAAAUGGCAGCUUCCUAUGUAAACACAUCUGCACAUUACUUUUAUUACUUAACCAUAUAUCAUGGAGGUCAUUCCAUAUUAGUAGAUAAAGUGCCUACUCAUUCUUUUUUAUAACUGCAUGGUAUUCUGUGGUUUGAAUGUACUUUAAUUUAUUUAGCCAGUUCACUAUGAUGGACUUUUGGAUUUCUAAUCUUUUGUUGCAAUGAAUAGUCUUACACAUUUUUCUUUCUUACACAUGUGUUUGUGUAGGGUAAAUUCCAAGAACUGGAGUCUCUAUACUAGAGGGUAUGUGCACUUGUAUGAUGGAUAGUGCCAAACUGGCCUUCAUAGAGGUUGGGCCAAUUUCCUUUCCCACCAGCAAGAGGACUACGAGCCACCUGAUGCUGAAGCAUGUCCUGGACCCACAGCCCCGUUAGUCAUCAAAGAAGUAUCCAUUUGUCUCAAUAACUAGUGUGGAAGUACCAGGUGAGCUGCAUCCCCAGGAAGAGCUCUGCUUGCCAUUCCUGGAGCCAGAGAGGAGUCUGCAUCUUACUGAACAAUAGCCAAGCCUACCAAAAUCUCAGCUGGAAAAGGAGAAGCCCUCUUUCCACCAACUGCUCCAGUCCUUGACCUCUAGGCUGGAGCUGCCUGAUCAAUGAGAGUCCCUUUAAAGAGACCAAUCCACCUAUCUUAGCAAGUCAAAUCUUGGCUGCAACCCCUCUGAUGGAAUGGAGGAACACUGAUAAUUGAGUCGGGAGACUUAAGAUGGCAGGGUGUACUAUGGAUGAUCAACCACAGCAUUUUACCGGAUGGCUAAGUUAGCAAGUUAUAGUUAAUACAUGGAGGAAGAGAGAAAAGAGGUAGGGCAUGACUGUCUAAUAAGCAUUGAUUAAUGAAAGUAUUAAUUAACAUUGCUUAUGUUGUGAAAGCUGAGCACCACGAUCGGGGCCACAUGGUUUUGUACAUGCUCAUUUUUCAAUCUGGUAAAUGUUUAUUAAAGUUUUAGUGAGUAA